AUGGCGGAUGUACCAGAAGUAGCGGAAAUAAAGUACGAAUAUCUUGAUCAUACAGCAGAUAUUCAGUUGCAUGGUUGGGGAAAAACAUUAGAAGAAGCUGUCGAGCAGACCGUAAUUUCCAUGUAUGGUUACAUGACAGAAAUUUCGUCGGUGUCCACGGAGUACUCGUUUGAUUUGUUUGCUACUGGUAUUGAUAUGAUUUCCCUGAUAGCUCGGCUUUUAGAUGAAGCAUUGUAUGCUUUCUCAACGGAACCGUUUUUCAUUGCCAAAAUAGCAAAAAUUAUCAAACUAGAUCGAGAGAAAUUCGAGGUACACUUGCGGUGCUGGGGUGAAUCGUUCGAUCUUAACAAACAUCCACAAGGAACCGAAGUCAAAGCAAUCACUUAUUCCAAUAUGCAAAUCAAUGAGUCUUCGGAUAAGACAGAUAUUUAUAUAAAUUUACACUCAUUUGUUCGCUUAAUAUUAUUUGUUAUAUCCAGUUUCAUCAUGGCAAAUGUAGAAAAACGCGUUUUUAAACGUAAGUUGAAAAAAUUGCAAGAUGCAGCUAAGCCAAAAUUGCCAAAAACUGAUAAAGAAGAUGCAGUAAACGAAAAGGAACUGUUGGAUGAAAAAUAUUUUUGUUUUCAGAAAGAAGAGGAAGCUAAAAAAGAAUCAAGAGUAGAAUGUAAUCCCUCAGUAGAUGUGGGAUCCUAUUUAUCUUCAACUACAUUUGAAUCACUUAGUGGGGUAAUUUCAAAAAACACUUUACAAGCGGUGGCUGAGAUGGGUUUUAGCAAAAUGACAGAAAUACAAGCGAGAUGUAUGAACUAUCUGCUAGAGGUGAUUUUAUAUUUUUCAACGUCAGCAAAAACUGGAAGUGGUAAAACAUUGGCAUUUCUCAUUCCUGCGGUUGAAUUACUCAUGAAACUUGAAUGGAAAGCUCGCAAUGGUACAGGAGUGAUCGUUAUUUCACCGACGAGGGAACUUUCUAUGCAAAUAUAUGGAGUUUUAAGUGAACUUUUGGCCAAACAUCCGUCAUUGACCCAUGGCUUAAUCAUGGGUGGCGCAAAUCGUUCUGCUGAAGCAUUAAAACUAGGCAAAGGCGUUAGUUUCCUUGUUGCAACGCCUGGUCGGUUGCUCGAUCAUUUACAGAAUACAGAUGAUUUUAUGGUGAAGAAUUUAAAGUGUUUAAUCAUUGAUGAGGCAGAUCGUAUAUUGGAUAUUGGUUUUGAAAUUGAAAUGCAGCAUAUUUUACGACUCUUACCCAAGAAACGCCAAACCAUGUUUUUCUCAGCAACACGAACACCGAAAGUUGACGAACUCAUCAAAGCUGCUCUGUCUGCAGAUCCUGUAAGAAUAGAUGUCGGUAAAAUGAGCUCAAACAAUGAAAAUGAGUUGGCUACAGUUUCUGGUCUGGAACAGGGUUAUGUUGUUUGUCCAUCUGAAAAGCGAUUUCUUCUGCUUUUCACGUUUUUGAAAAAAAAUCGAAACAAGAAAGUGAUGGUAUUUUUUUCUUCCUGCAAUUCAGUGAAAUAUCAUCAUGAAUUGCUAAAUUACAUCGAUAUCCCGGUUCAAUGCAUACAUGGUAAACAAAAACAACAAAAAAGGACAUGCACUUUCUUUUCAUUUUGUCAAGCUGCGUCUGGUAUUUUACUGUGCACAGAUGUAGCUGCUCGAGGUCUUGAUAUACCUCAAGUUGAUUGGAUUGUACAGUAUGAUCCUCCAGAUGAGCCACGCGAAUAUAUCCACCGUGUUGGCCGUACAGCUCGUGGAGCUACUGGUACUGGGCAUGCACUCUUAAUAUUGCGACCUGAAGAACUUGGCUUUCUUCGUUACUUAAAACAGGCAAAUGUUGUUCUCAACGAGUACGAAUUUUCGUGGAAUAAAGUAUCAAAUAUACAAUUGCAACUUGAACAUCUUGUUGAAUCAAAUUAUUAUUUAAAUAAAUCAGCGAAGGAAGCAUACAAAUGCUAUGUAAGGGCUUAUGACUCUCAUUCACUAAAGAGCAUUUAUGAUGUCAAUACAUUGGAUUUGAACACUGUAGCAAAGUCAUUCGGAUUUUCUGUUCCUCCUUUUGUAGAUCUUCCAAUAUCUAAAAAACCAAAGAUACUCAUAAGAUCAAAGCUGAGUGGAGCAGGCUAUAGAAAAAGACCGAAGGCAUUCAAGCAAAUACGCAAACGAUGA